CGGGGCGGCUGGAGGCAGCGCAGGCGGCACUAGGGGCGGCGGCCAAGGCGUGGCGGGGGGCGGCGGCGGAGCUCAGCAAGCGGCUAGACGAGCAGCUGCGAGAGGCGCUGGAGAGCCACGGUCACGACCCGGACGAUGUGGUGGGGGAGCUGACGUGCAUGCUGGCGUCGGGCCAUGUGAGCCCCCCGCUGCAAUCCUUCCUGGCCAGCACCCUCACGGAGCCCGGACUGCGGCGCCUAGCAAAAACGGUGGAUGCGGCGCUGCAGGAGGUAUCCCGGCAGCUGCUGGACGGGGUGCUGCCGGAGCUGCAGCUGGUGGCGUUCGUGGCGGGGGAGCUGCGCGGGCGGGCGCGGGCGGCGCAUAUCACACACACGCUGGGGCUUAAGGAGCGGGCGGUGCUGCAGUGCGAGGGCGCGGCGACUCGCGCACUGGUGCAGGCGGAGGCGCUGCGGCAGCUGGUCACCCGCGUGGCGGCGCAGUACCGCGUCUUUUUCACCUGGCUUCUCAAGACGCUGCAGAGCCUGGAGGAAUCCCGGCCCGAGGGCGAGGAGGGCCCCCUCCCCGGUGCCACCCCUCCCGGCGGCCCCGGCUCCCUGGCAGGAGUGCCUGUGUGUGUGCCCACGCUGCUGGCAUUCCUGGACCCUGCGGAGGGGCAGCUGGCGUGCGACGCGGUGGCUCGCGACCUGGACGCCUCGCAGGCCACCCUGGGGCUGCCGGUGGGCUCGCUGCGCCUUCCCCCCCGCCUGGCGCCGCACCUUCGGGCGCUGCAGCAGGCGGUGUUUCCCGG